CAGAGUACAGUCUACUUGUAACACUCUUUCUCUAUCUUCCCUCUUAAUGGCCUGUCCUCUCUCCCUCCCUCCCUUCCCCCGUUGAUUUUUAAAUAUUUUCUCUGCUUCUCUCUCAUCUUCCACUCCAAAUUCUAAGCCUUAAAACCCUUGUUUAUUUGAUGAUUUCACUUAUCUUUUUUCAUAAUCGUCCCUUCACUGCCUUUGACUCAACUUGACUCGACUUGGAAUUACCUUAAUUGCACCCCCUCUCUCUCUUCUCUCUCUGUGUGUCGAUAUAUAUGUGUCCUUGUGUUUUGUGCGGAGAACAUUUCUUGGUACAUUUUUUGGCUUUGCUUUGUUGGGUGUGUAUCCAUUUUGGUGAUCUUGAGACUUUUGAAUUCGUUACCAAUCCAACCCAUGACACUGCAUUUUCUCCAACUCUUUUGGCUAUUUUGAUUAUACUUCUCAUCUUCAUAGAAUUUUUUUUUUUGUUAUAUGUGUUAAUUCACUCUCUUGUUUUGAUCAACUGGUGAUAAAAAGUGUUCUUUGAUCUCAAACUUAAAUAGAUCUUUUGAGAGAAUUUCAGGUUUUGAAAAGGUCUUUGAUCCAUGUCCAAAGGAAAAGAGUUGGAGAGUGAAGAUGGAAGAGGGGAUGUGAGCAGAAAUUAUCCCGAUCCUAGUAAGAAAAGGGUGCUUGUAGAGGGCUCUGGUAACAGCUGUUGGACUAAUUCUAAUAGGCCCCCAAUGGAAAAGAUUGGGGUUUGUGAAAAUAGUAGAAGAGGAGUGGGGUGUUAUGAUUUCCCUUGCUGCGAUCGCAGAGUUGGUGAUUCCUCUAGUGUAGAACCUCAGGAUGCAGAUUACUCGUAUGUUCCCCAACUCUGUGAUGAGUUAGAGAAUCAGAUUUUGGCAAGAGUUCCACGAUCAGAGUACUGGAAGUUUCGGAUUGUGAACAAGAGGAUACUCUCUCUUGUAAGGAGUGGUGAGCUCUUAAACAUCAGGAGGGAAAUUGGAUUUAGAGAAUCCUUAGUUUUUAUUUUUGCAACUGGGGACAAAAGUUGGUGGGCAUUUGAUCAACAAUUCAGUUCUCGCAGGAAGCUUCCAGAUUUACCGGCAGACUGCUGUUUCUCUUUUGGAGAUAAGGAAUCCAUUUGUGCAGGGACCCAUCUGAUUAUUUCAGGCAGGGAGAUCGAUGGUGUUGUUGUUUGGAGAUAUGAGUUGGAAACAAAUAGCUGGAAUAAGGGUCCGUCCAUGAUCAACCCUCGGUGUUUGUUUGCUUCUGCUUCCUGUGGUGCCUUUGCUUUUGUAGCUGGUGGAGUGACAGGGACUGGUUUUGAUCUAAAUUCUGCUGAGAAAUAUAAUCCAGAUACUAAAUCAUGGGAAGACCUUCCAAGGAUGUGGCAUAAAAGAAAGCUUUGCUCUGGUUGUUUCAUGGAUAACAAGUUUUAUGUGAUUGGAGGGCGGAAUGAGGAGGGAAAGGUUCUAACUAGUGCUGAAGUGUAUGAUGAGGAUAAAAAGGCAUGGGACCUGAUCCCAGACAUGUUGGAGGAUACAACAAUCGCUACUUUCCAAUCUCCACCGCUCAUUGCUGUUGUGAACAAUGAGCUUUACUCCCUCGAGCCUUCAUCAAACCAGCUGAUGGUUUACUUGAAAAAGAGCAAAACAUGGAAGAAAUUAGGACCAGUGCCAGUAAGAGCAGAUUCUAACACAGGAUGGGGUGUAGCCUUCAAGUCUUUGGGCAAUGAACUACUUGUAAUUGGUGCAUCAACAUCUCCAGUUUCUUAUUCUGGGGAUGGCAUGGCAAUAUACACCUGCAGACCGGGUUCUGAAGCUGAGGAAUUGCUUUGGAGGCCUCUUGAGUGUGGCGAAAACAGGCUGAGUAACUUUAUAUUGAACUGCUCUGUUAUGGCAGCUUGAAUUCUGACACUCCUAGGCAGUAACUCUAUAGAGUUGUGAUAUGAGGAUCGAAUUAUAGCUACAUUUGAAAUUAGGAUUUGGCACCCUAGAUGCUUCAAUAUAUCCUCGGGUAUUGCACGAGGUGUCUCUCCAGAUCGUGUGGUGGAUGUGGGUAUUUAAGGAACCGAAUUAUAGCGGUAAAGUGUGUUGUUUGUACUUUUAAUUCUCAGUGACUUGUUGAACUGUGUUCUGACUUCGAUCUCAUCAUCCAAUAACACAGCUUGUCAUUUUGUUUGA